UGACCACAAAUGGAAAGCAGGUUAACCGGAAAGUCCUAGUCACCAAGAGGGGAAUGGUUACUGAUCUCAUGGAAGAAUUGAAAACUGAGGUUGCCUUCCUGUCUGGACACCUCUUUCGAGCAGAUUGGCAGCAUCUCCAAUUCAAGCAAAUUAAAGAUGUAGUUCCAUUUCCAGCUGACACCAUCUGCAUGGUAAUGGACUUCGCGGAAAAUUUUACCUGCAUGUAUCAACAGGAAGUGCAGGCGGCCCACUGGCACCAUGAGCUCGUGACAGUGCACCCUACCGUUACAUACUACAGAUGUCCAGUCUGCCAAGAUACAACAACCGAGUCCCUGGUCUUUAUCAGCAGUGAUAAAAAACAUGACUACCAUGCCGUCCAGUGCUUCACAAUUAAAGCCCUACAACACCUCAGGGAGAAACGAGGCCUGACCGUCGGUCACAUCGUUCAGUGGACAGAUGGCUGUGGUUCACAGUACAAGAGUCGAGGCCCAUUCUCCGACAUCUCCAGAGCCGUGGUUGACCUUGAUGCCACUCUAGAGCGCCACUUCUUUGGAUCAAGACACGGGAAAGGCCCCUCGGAUGGGGAGAGUGCUGUGGUCAAGCACCAUGCUGCCUCUGCUGUUGCCGCUGGCAGUGUCAUUAUAGCUUCAGCUGAAGACCUCUUCAGUUACUGUUCAAAUUCAGCCCUCAAUAAACAACCCCCGAGUGAAGGGUGCAUCCACUUCUUGCGCUCCUUCUUUUGGGUUGGGGAAAGAGAUGUCAAAAGAGACCGAAUGGACAGGGAUGUGAAGACAGUUCCUGGAACACGCUCCUUCCACUCCGUUAAGUCUGUUGAAAAGAACAUAAUCCUGACAAGGGAGCUGACUUGUUGUUGCCUAGCAUGCCAGACUGGUGAUAGGGACUGCAUUUCCACAGCAACAGUUGGACCCUGGUCAUCCCAUGUCCUGCGACCGGAUAGCCACCAGCAGCCUACUCAACCUGCUGAUGCUGAUGAUGUUCAGUCUUCGGGUCCAUCUGCAGUAACUGAAGUACAGUUUUCACGGUUGAGUUCUUCAGUGGGUGAUGAUGUGCAACUUGCGACUGCUGCUAUUCCUUCUCUUGAUACAAUUGAAAAGGACCAGGCUUCCAGUGAAGUUCCCCAAGAUGCUUCUGCAGCCAGAUUUCAGUAUGGCAGCUGGGUGAAUGUGAAAUUUGGUACAGAAGGAAGCAAGCAGCAGGCCAAAUUUUAUAAUGGAAUGGUCCUCCAGAUUGAUGGCAGGGACAUACAGGUGACCUUCUUACGGAACAGAGGGUCAUUUUACAGCUUUCCUGUCAGUGAGGACAUUGCCUGGGUCUCAGCAGAGAAUGUGGAAUGCAUCACACCACCUACCAUCAACUCCCGUGGCCAGCAUUUUUUCCCCUGAUAUCUGAUGUCUGCUUUUUAAUUCCAAUGACUGUGGUUUCGUGUCCACGUAACAACCAUAACACAAUUUACUUCAUUAAUUAUAGCUAAAAGCAUAUUCAAACAAAUACAAUGAUUAUCUUUUGUUAAAAUAGGAGUGGUAUAGCUUGUAAAAGGACCCAAAUAUAUAUCUGCUUGGAUUAAAAAAUUGGAUAGCAGAAAUGUCAAAUGUCUAUCGGUUGCUGGCGCUAAAGCGCUGGACACAAAACUAAGCUACUUAGAUCAUGUCCAUUGAGAUAUUUUAUUGCAAUUGUUAAAUGCACACCAUUUAAUAAGCCAAUGAACACAGCUGAUGUAAUAAAUAAUGAUUUAACAAUUAGUGAAGCUCUUUUGUAUAUACUGUUUGGUGUCCAUGUAACAACCGUAAUAUUGCGCUAGUCACUACAUACUAUGAACCCUAGUAAAAAAGUGACUGGGUCAACUAUCAUUUUCUCUCUCAAAAUAUGUUCUUGGAAGGCCAUGGUUUUAAUCAUAUAUAUUUAUGGGCCCUUUGUAAAAAAAAUUUUUUUAACCCUCCAUGUCACACUUGUGGACCACUUUUUCUGA